UCGACGUGUCUCUAACCCCCCUGCAUGCCAUAGGAAUAAACGUGUAGACUGAAUCAUGAAUCUGAGUGGUUCUAAUACAAGAAAAUAAUUCCACUCAAUCAUCAAAAGAGUUUGGUGGCAACUCUACCUUCAUGCCAACUACAUUUUAGGCUUUUUUUUUUUUUUUUUGGAUACUCGGUAUUUUUCCAAGCAUUCUUCUAGCCCGGAACGCCGCCGCCUUGCUUCGUUUUCUCGCUGUCUGAACCCUCGGCCUUCAGGACUUGAGAUCUACGGUUUCCCUUCCAUUGGCUGUCCUGUGUGGGUGCCAAGUUCUACACGUGAUUUGAUGGAUCAGAAGGAGAUGUCAGUGAAAGAAAGGGUCCAGAAUGAUUACUAACCUAUGACUCCCAACAGUAUGACAGAAAAUGGCCUUCCAGCCUGGGACAAACCGAAGCACUGUCCAGACCGAGACCACGACUGGAAGCUAGUAGGAAUGUCUGGAGCCUGCCUACGCAGGAAGAGCCAUGCGGAGAGGCACAGCCCAUUGAAGAAUGAACAGUCAUCACCGCAUCUCAUCCAGGCCACUUGGACCAGCUCGAUAUUCCAUCUGGACCAUGACGAUGUGAAUGAUCAGAGUGUCCCGGGUGCCCAAACCUUCCAAACGGAAGAGAAGAAAUGUAAAGGGUACAUCCCCAGUUACUUAGACAAGGACGAGCUAUGUGUAGUGUGCGGUGACAAGGCCACUGGGUAUCACUACCGCUGCAUCACCUGUGAAGGCUGCAAGGGUUUCUUUAGAAGAACCAUUCAGAAAAAUCUGCAUCCAUCCUAUUCCUGUAAAUAUGAAGGAAAAUGUGUCAUAGACAAAGUCACAAGAAAUCAGUGCCAGGAAUGUCGCUUUAAAAAAUGCAUCUAUGUUGGCAUGGCAACAGAUUUGGUACUGGAUGACAGCAAGCGGCUGGCAAAGAGGAAACUCAUAGAGGAGAACCGAGAAAAGAGACGGCGGGAAGAGCUGCAAAAAUCCAUUGGGCAUAAGCCAGAGCCUACAGACGAGGAGUGGGAACUCAUCAAAACUGUCACUGAAGCCCAUAUGGCCACCAAUGCCCAAGGCAGCCACUGGAAGCAGAAGCGGAAAUUCCUGCCAGAAGAUAUUGGACAAGCACCCAUAGUAAAUGCCCCAGAAGGUGGCAAGGUUGACUUGGAAGCCUUCAGCCAUUUUACAAAAAUCAUCACACCAGCAAUUACCAGAGUGGUGGAUUUUGCCAAAAAGUUGCCUAUGUUUUGUGAGCUGCCAUGUGAAGAUCAGAUCAUCCUCCUCAAAGGCUGCUGCAUGGAGAUCAUGUCCCUUCGUGCCGCUGUGCGCUAUGACCCAGAAAGUGAGACUUUAACCCUGAACGGGGAAAUGGCAGUGACACGGGGCCAGCUAAAAAACGGGGGUCUUGGGGUCGUGUCAGAUGCCAUAUUUGACCUGGGCAUGUCUCUGUCAUCAUUCAACCUCGAUGACACUGAAGUUGCUCUCCUUCAGGCUGUCCUGCUUAUGUCUUCAGACCGCCCAGGGCUCGCCUGUGUUGAGAGAAUAGAAAAAUACCAAGAUAGUUUCCUGCUGGCUUUUGAACACUAUAUUAAUUAUCGGAAACACCACGUAACACACUUUUGGCCAAAGCUCCUGAUGAAGGUGACGGACCUGCGGAUGAUUGGAGCCUGCCAUGCCAGCCGCUUCCUGCACAUGAAGGUGGAGUGCCCCACGGAACUCUUCCCCCCUUUGUUCCUGGAAGUCUUCGAGGAUUAGACAGGCCCAACUCAUUUCUCACAAUUCCUACAGCGCUGCCGUUGGGCACCAUUUCAUUCCAUUGCCUCACUCUUCUCUGUUUGUUCUUUUGUUUCUUUGUGUUGU